CGCGCUGCCGCAGCAGGACGCGGCUGUGAUGGACUUCGAUCUGAGCUAUGCUGACGUGGUGCUGGGCAGCGAUGUCAUCUUCAGCAACAUCUCGCGCCACGAUCUCAUCCACAACGAACUGGUGCAGACCAUCUUCUGCCUCCUGUACCUCGUGAUCUUCGUGCUGGGCAUCUUCGGCAAUGUCUUGGUGUGCUUCGUGGUGUUCAGGAAUCGUGCCAUGCAAACUGUCACGAAUCUCUUCAUCACGAAUCUCGCUCUAUCGGACAUCCUGCUCUGCAUCCUCGCCGUGCCCUUCACGCCACUCUACACCUUCCUACGUGGCUGGGUGUUCGGCACGAUGCUAUGCCAUCUUGUGCCGUACGCCCAGGGCUGCAGCGUGUACAUCUCCACGCUCACGCUCACGUCCAUCGCCAUCGAUCGCUUCUUCGUGAUCAUCUACCCAUUCCACCCGCGCAUGCGGCUCGCCACGUGCAUCAUCAUCAUUGUUAGCAUCUGGGGAUUCUCCCUCCUCGUCACGCUCCCCUACGGACUCUACAUGAAGGUGUUUGCAAUGAAUCACACAGGUGUCUGGCAGAACUACUGCGAAGAAGACUGGCCAUCUGAGGAGUACCGGAAGGUGUUCGGAUCCUUCAACUCCACUCUUCAAUUCGUUCUUCCCUUUCUCAUCAUAUCCGUGUGCUACACUUGCGUGUCCAUCAAGCUCAACGAUCGCGCACGCACAAAGCCAGGCUCUAAGACGUCUCGUCGCGAAGUCGCCGACCGCGACCGAAAGAAGCGCACCAACCGGAUGCUGAUCGCCAUGGUGGCGGUGUUCGGCAUCUCUUGGCUGCCGCUCAACGUCGUCAACAUCUUCAAUGACUUCUACGCGAAGACGGAGGAGUGGCGCUUCUACAAUGUGUUCUUCUUCAUCUCGCACUGCGUCGCCAUGUCCUCCACGUGCUACAAUCCCUUCCUGUACGCCUGGCUCAACGAGAACUUCCGCAAGGAGUUCAAGCUCGUGCUGCCGUGCUUCCAGCCAGUGUCGCGGCGCAACGGGCUCCUGCCCGCGGGCACCAAGUGGCGCUCCGAGCGGACGUGCAACGGCAACAACGAAACCGUGCAGGAGUCCCUGCUGCCCUCCAGCUACAUCCGCUCCAGCGGCAUCACGGAGAUCAUC